AUGGUCAAGGUCAACUCCAUCGUCUCUCUGCUGGCACUGGGCUCCAGUGCCCUCGCUAUCGAGCGCCAGCCUCGUCCUGAUCUGGUCGAGGAGUUUAUAACUUGCACUACCGAGUUGGCGCCCAAGAGCAACCACCAUGUCCCGACGUACUGGCACUCCAAGACAAGAACCCUGACCUACACCGAGAGGGUUACGAUUACUCCUCACCCGAUCAUCACGCCGACUAAGACGAAGACGAAGACCGUUACCAAUAUCAUUGAGACGACAACUACUGAGCCCCCUUAUACAGACGUUGCUACCACCACGAUUACAAGCACCUCUUAUGCUACUACAACAAACGUUGUCACUCAGACCGAUACCUCAACAAUCUCUACCACAAUUACAACUACACCAACCACCACCAUCCCUGCUCCCGCAGACUUCACUCCUAUCUCUCAAGAGCAGGGCUUCGUCGCCAAAGCCAAGGUCCGCAGCGCCAAGAACGUCCUCGAGAGAAGCAAGGAGGUCUUGCAAUGCAAGAAGGACCCCCACGGCGGCCACUCUUUCUAUCCUCCUCUGUACCCUCAGUUUGUCACCUGCAACAAGCUCAUUGAGCCCGUUUUUAUCAAGCGCGUCACAUAUACCGCCAAGGCUUGCACCAAGACUGCCCCUCCCAAGACCAAGACGGUCACAACCACCGUCAAGAAGACUCACACCGAUACGAUUUGGCCAUGUGAAGUUACCAGCACGGCAACAUCCUCUACGUCGACUGUUGUCACCUCAACAGUUGAUUCCACUAUUACUACCACCGUGACGUCCACAAAUGUGGUUUCUGCUACGGCUCCCCAACAGACACUGCAGGCAGUCUGUGGCCCGGAAAACCUCAUUAGCUCUGCAAAUGGUGGUGAAAUUAUUAGCCUCGUUGAAACCAACUACCCUGGCAAUUUCGCAUAUGUCGCUGGUGUCACGGACUCCUACGAUUGCUGCUUAAGCUGUUUCAAUACUCCGGGCUGCCGAGGUUCUUUCUUCGCUGGCACCCAGUGCACUCAGAUCGUCAGCGUUGAUGGUGUGUGCCAUGCAAACCAGUUCAGUCAGGAUGCAUUCUUGACGUCGCCAAAGGGGCCCAACAGCGUAGUUACUACAAUUAGCAAUGGCCCAUGUGGUCUGAUUAAAAACCUGGGUGACGCUUCUACUGCCUAA